AUGACGACUGCGCCUGCGACUAUAUCUCUUCUACUCGAUACACAAUUUGGCGAAUCAGUGCCUGGGCCAGAAGUCAAUGGAGGGGAGGUAUGCUGUGGAAAUGAAGACGGGGUGGACGACAAAGCGGAAUCUUUGGGGUCUAUGCCAAAUCCUGCUCCGUUGGAUGCUGAUAUGCCCCUUGAGCAUUCGAUUGAGCUUCCAAUUGAAUUAUGGGAGAAGGUGAUUGAUUAUCUGGCGGACGAAUGGGUGGAUGACCUUUGGAGCGGCGAGACAUAUGAAGCUAAGCUGCGUGUACUAGGAAGGGUGUGUCAGGGGUGGUAUGCCCGAUGCCGAUCUCGUGGCCUAGAGAGGCUGGAUGUGUGGAGGAUGGACAAGAAAAAGGUCUAUUGCCUGAUCAACGCACUGAAUCAGGACCCCGAGCGCUGUCAUGCCAUUAAGAUGGUCUCAUUCAAUUUUCGGUGGAAGUCGAUGAGCAUCUUUGGGACGUUUGCUGUGUGCAUGGCACAGAAACUGCCCCAAGUCAAGCAUCUCGUACUCGGGAGGUACCAUUGGGAGCUUGGACAGCCGCACGCACAGAUCUUUGACCAUGUGACUCUCGCAUUCGAGUCUAUCACCGUGCUCGACCUCAUGGAUGUGGAAUUCCCUUCUGCCGUGGUGUUUGGGCGGCUCGUGCGUGCGCUUCCACAGCUGUCGUCCCUCAAAUGCUGGUCGGUGACCUUCAGGAAGCGUGCCUAUGUUGCGGGCCGAAUCUGGCAACUGCAUCCUCUCCGACUCGACGCCGCCGAAGUGCGGCGCAGCGAUGACGUCGUUGACUUCCUCGUCUCGAUCGGCGCACAACUACGCCACUUCAUAUGGCGUGAUCGGGGCUUGGAAAAGUGCCAGGAGCUGCUCCCUGUGAUCGCCGAGUCGCUCUCAUCCAUGCGCAUCGACUUAGCUCCAUCUUUCUCGAUCUUAUCCCCUCAAGGAUUUUCACCCCCAUACUUUCCAAUCGAUCUCACGUCAGCUGUCAACCUGCGUGUUCUUUCAAUCUCUUCCAAUCUCACAAAUUUGAACAGAGCGGUCAACAUUCUGUGUCGCGCGUCCCUUUUGAAGCUGAUCGCGAUUACGAUCAUCUCAACGUUCACGUAUACCGAAACAUUCUCUUCGUCAAAUAUCCAAGACACGCUCGAUAAGGUCGGAAAGUAUUCCUAUGCACUUCUUGACCAGGCUUUCUCUAGUCGUCAGUAUCCUGCCUUGAAAAAGGUCGCCUUCGAGCUUCACUGUAGGCCUCGGCGCAGCGAAGUGAUGGAGGUGAUAUCCGAGGUAUCCUGGGGGAGUCACCUUUCAUCAAAUCUUCCUGCUCUAUAUACCAGUGGACGACUCGUGUGA